UGUCACUCCCCACCGCUGCAUCUCGAAACUGCUUUAAUGGAAGGAAAAGAAAGACGUUGUUGGUUCAUUAAAAUUAUAACCAAAUCCCUCUCCCCUCUGCAUAUAUAAACAUCAUCAUCAUGCAUCUCUCUUUGUUUACUCCGCUCCUGCUUUCUUCUUCCUCCCAUUCACCAUUUUUUUCAGAUUCUGGAUCGCUUUUUGCUCUUUCUUCUCAAAGCUUCUGAAUUGGGUCUCUGUUUCUGUGUGAAUCUCUGAACGGCGACGAACAUUGCGUGUAUUUGUAGCUGUUCAAACACGAGAGUUUGCUUGAUGUUGGAGGAAUGGAGAAUUCUGGGUUUGGGCUAAUGAUAUCAGAAUCAGAAGCAGGAAUACAGGCAUCAUCAGAUUCAAGAGACAAUUUCUUGUGUUCACUGAAUAAACGCGACUCUGUUUUGUCGCUGACACUUGAUGAAAUCAAGUGCAAAAGUGGGAAGAAUUUUGGGGGUAUGAGCAUGGAUGAGUUUCUUGCUAAUAUCUGGAAUGUUGAAGAUAUUCAAAGCCAAUUUCAUUCACAAUUACAAACCAAUGAAAAUGAACCUCAAGAUCGCCCUUUCAUGGCUGUCAAUGAUUCAAGGCCAGCCCUGUACGAACAGGGCUCUAUUUCUAUCCCCAUUCCACUUUGUGGCAAGACUGUGGAUGAGAUAUGGUCUGAGAUUCAUAAAGAUGAACAGAACCCACAUCGCCAAAAGUUCAUAAAUGUUCAGCAAAACGCUUGCCAAAGCCAGCAAGCUUUAAGAGAAAUGACUUUGGAAGAUUUCUUGGUGAAAGCUGGAGUGGUUCAAGAAGCUUCCUCUUCUUGUUCAAUGAAGCAGCAGCAGCAGGCAUGUUCUUUAAAUAACUUGGGGCUUUCAUUGUCUUAUCAACAGAAUGAUGCUCCAAGAAUCAGAAAUAUGUCUGGGAAUUGCUUUUCAACUUACCAAAUGCUCACCCCAUCAGUUGGGGAACCAUCUGAUAGCAGCUCGAUUCAGAAAUGCCAAAGCUUGACUGAUUGGGCUGAGCCUAGCAACAAGAAGAGGAUAGUUGAUGGCCCCACAGAAGUUGUGGUGCAGCGGAGACAGCGCAGGAUGAUCAAGAAUCGGGAGUCGGCUGCUCGAUCUCGGGCUAGAAAGCAGGCAUACACAGUGGAGUUGGAAUCAGAACUGAAACAGCUUAAAGAAGAGAAUGUAAAACUAAAGCAAAUCAUGGCUGAAUCAGAGAGGAAAAGAAAGCAAGAGAUACUGCAGAGGAAGCCUGAAAAGAGACAGAAGCCAACACAGAGGUUGAUGACGAUGAGGAGGAAUGCAAGCACGGGUUGGUGAAGGGGAAAGAGUUGGGGUUUUAUAUGAAAAUGCUGAAAAUUUUACAACAAGUUAAGGAUGUAUAAAACACUAUAUAUUAUAACUCU